CUUCAGGUACUUGCUACCGACAACGGUGGCAUGGCGGUGGACGCUGGCGGGAGCGAGUCGACGAAUGCCUCGCUAGACGGCCAUGGCAUCUUUGCCAUCGUCGUAUUUGCAGUCGUGGCGCUCAUCUGCAUUCAGCCGCUAAAGAUCCCCCUGCCUCGCGUUGUUGGAUCCUGGGCCCAGAAGUGCGUGGGCAGGUUGUUCGGCCGUGGCAACUCCGAAGACGACGAUGUCGUCUUUUAUCGUCGCCCCUGCAUUGUCCUGAACCACGUAUGGACGCCCGCAAUCGGCAUUCUCUUCCUCCUGGCGACCAAGACGAUCGGUGGAGAGCAGGUUCGUACGGGCAUCGUGGGCGAGGAGGGCGUGGAGCCCUACGACGUGCUGGCGCUCUUCAUCAGCCUGGCCUACAUCGCCAUCAGCCUCGAUGCGACGGGCCUUCUCCGCUAUCUGGCCUUCCAGGUCUGCCUCAAGGCUGGCACGAGUGGCCUGAGGCUCUAUCUCGUCCUCUACCUCUUCUUCUGGUUCGCCGGCGUCCUGGUGGGCAACGACCCCGUCAUCCUGAGCGGCACCGCCUUUGUCGUCUACCUCACCCGUGUCGCUGGCAUCUCGCCGCCCUCAGCCUGGAUAUGGGCCCAGUUUGUCGCGGCCAACAUCUCGUCGGCGGUGCUGGUGUCGUCGAACCCAACCAAUCUCGUCAUCGCAACUGGUUUCAGCAUCUCCUUUCCCACCUACACUGCAUAUAUGAUGCUUCCCUCGAUGGCGUCUGCGCUGGCCGGCCUCUUGGUUCUCCUCUUGUUCUUCCGGGAUCGCCCAGCAGCAUCGCAAGCAAAGGCAAAAGAGAGGGGACCAUUCGCGCAGAGAUGGAGCCGCGCCACGAGCUGGGCUCGAUCUCGUGCAUCAUCGUCUGUCUCAGCUCUCCGUCUUCGCCAUUCCUCGAACACACCAGGGACCUCUUCGACACCAGCAGCAGCAGAGGAGCACGAGAUGUCGACCACAGCACCAGUAGCGAGCACAGAGACCAAGGAAGGCAAAGUCGCCCCAACCGUCUACAUACCACGGACCAUGAUCCGUCCCGACGUGGAUGCGCGUGCUGCGCUGGUAGACCGUAGCGGGGCCAUCUUUGGAAGCAUCAUCAUGGCCGCCACGCUGAUCACGCUGAUUGUCACAAGCGUCUUUGGAGGCGUCAAAGUGUACAUGAUUGCAGUGCCAGGCGCCGUGGUCUGUCUCAUAAGGGACGUGAGCACGGACUGGUGGACAUGGAGAAGCCACCGGAAAGCCGAGCGGCGGAGCAGGAGCAGCGAGAGAAGAGGGGAUGAAGUGCAACGCGGGCAGCAAGGUGCUGAUGAUCCAACACUGCAAAGGCAGGGGUCAAACGUCGACGACGCCGCCGAGGCCAAGGAACCUCGCUCUGAAGAAGUGCAUCGGACGAUGCUGGGCAGAACCAUCGACAAGGCAGCCGGGCUGGCAGACGUCUUCCCCACCGUCACGUAUGUGGCGACGAGGCUGCCCUUUCCACUGCUGCCCUUUGCCUUUGGCAUGUUCAUCCUCGUCCAGUCACUGGCCCACGUCGGUUUCAUCGAGAUCAUGGCCAAGGGCAUCGGGGAUGUCUGCGCCCGCGGCCAGGCCGCUUGCGCCUUCUUCAUUGCCACCCUGGGCGUCGUUCUUUGCAACGUGAGUCACUUCCGAUCUUCUGGUGGCAAGCACGGCACUGCUGACCUGCCUCCAAACCCACUCCCAGCUCGGCGGCACAAACAUCGGAGCGACAAUCAUCCUGACAAAGGUCAUUCAGUCUCCCGCAUUCAAAGCUGCGCUGCCACCGGACGCCGAAGGCAUGCUAUUGACAAAGAUGGCCUUCUAUUCGGUGGCCUUUGGCUCCAAUGUCGGCGCUCUUGGCGGCACCUUUGCUGCGAGCCUGGCGGGGUUGCUGUGGCGCGACGGCCUGCGCCGGCGAGGCGUCGUCGUGACUGCGACGCAGUUUGCGCUGUGGUGUGGCGUCGUCAUAGUCCCGUGCACAGCAGCGGGCGUUGCCGUGCUCCUGGCCGAAGUCCGGUUCUUCAACGGACUUGACUGAAAUCGCCGUCGCUGUCGUCCGUAGUGUAGUGUAGUAGUAGCAAUGUGCAAUCUCCACAACAACACUUUUUUAAUGUUAAGAG